UGUGUCAGUGUGUCGGAGACCUGCAGUUUGGAAGGGUUAGUGAGCAACACACACGAACUUGCCCACUCAGCACACAUGCACGCACUCCCACACGCAACCGCGGCACAGGACGCCGCCAGACUCACUGGAAAAUGAAUGUAAUGAAGGGAAGGAAAAUCAGCCUGCAGCAUGGACUCUGAAUCUCUGGACAGCUGUAUCCAGAGCACGCUCUCCGCUCUCUACCCUCCAUUUGAAGCCACUGCGGCCACCGUGCUAUGCCAGGUGUUAGACGUGGUCGAGACAACAUACCGUGGGGACGGGCUGCGCUACAUCAUUGACUUCCUGGUGCCUGCUAAACACAUCCUUCAGAGCAUUCAACAAGAUGCAUGCUUCCCAUACUGUGGUUUCCUUUUUCGUCAUGAAGGCUGGCCACUGUGUGUUCAUGAGAAGGUCAUAAUCCAGCUCUCCUCUUUGGACUGGCGUGUGUUACGGCCCAGUGACUUCUACUUGCAGGUGACUCCAACGCCCAGAAGCCCCCCGCGCAUCACGGUGAAGUGUCUGGCAGUUAGCGGGCAGCAUGUGGAGGAGCUUAACGUACCGGAGCUAGCAUACACUUCUCUAUUCACCAUGGACUGGCUGGAAUCCAUCAACCAGGAGAGGAGUGUGGUCAGAAAAGCCGCCCUGGAACACUGUCUUUUAUCAGCGGAUAAUGACAUUUUUAGGGUACCAUGGGAGGAUAUUGUUCACCCAGAGUUUAUCAGCAGACCCUCCAAAGUUAAAGAACAAAGCGAAAGUAGAGGGAUGGCCAAGGACGUUGCAGACAGAGAGGGGAGGGACUCUGACAUAGAUCAAGAAGACAACCCUGAGAACAUACAUUGUAGGAUUUUUAUUGACACUUCCACGGACCAAUCAGGGGAGAUGCACUGUCAGAGCAAGGGGGUUAAGCUCCUCCCUGCUCUCAGUGAGAUCAAUAAAGAUGGCAGUGGGCGGAGCUCUAGCAGCACAGCGGAGGAUUCAGAGGGAGAGUAUGUAGAGCUAGCCGAUAUCUCCUUACCACGCUUUUCCCCACAGAAGGGCUCUCUCACUCAAGCCAUUAGUAUGAACUACAGAAAUCUACAUAAACCGCAGACUGCUGGUUCCACUCAGCCUAAAGCCAAACCAGAGGAGAGUCUUUUGAAGAAUGGUGCAUGCUCACAGAGCAUGGUGUGUGCCAUGCUGAUUGAGGAAAACCUCAGUGAUACCUACCAAUCUGUGAUCUUAACCCCCACUGCUCCUGCAGAAGCAGAGCGUCUUCUCCAGCAGGUGGACGGGUCUAAGUCCACCUCUGCUGCAGGUACAGCCUCCUGUGACAGUGUGUCUGAGCAUGAGUCUGAGAGAGAGUUGUACAACCGUGAUACUGCUCCACUAUCUGAUAUGUCAACACAAACAGACAGUAAACCAGUCAACACAACACAACUAGACAGCAGUAUCAUUAGCACAUCACAACCAAACAGAAAACCAGUCAGCACAUCACAACUAGUCAAAAAGCCAUUCCAGAGAUCACAAUCAGACAUUAAACCAGUAAACGCAUCUCAGCUAGACAACACUCUAGACAGCACAUCACAACUUGUCAGCAUAUCUCAACCAGACCUUAAACCACUAUGCAUAUCUCAACUUGACAGCAAACUAGUCAGCACAUCACAGCUAGUCAACGAACCAAUCAAGACAUCACAACCAGAAGUUGAACUAGUAAGAACAUGUCAGCUAGACAGUAAUUUAGCCAGCACAUCACAACCAGACAGCAAACCAGUCAUGUCACAACUAGUCAUUGAGCCAGUCAAGACAUCACAACCAGAUAGUAAACCAGUAAGCGCGACUCAGCUAGACAACAAACUAGUCAGCAUGUCAAAACCAGUCAGCACGUCACAGCUAGUCAAUGACCCAGUCAAGACAUCUCAACCAGACGUUGAACUUGUAAGAAUAUGUCAGCUACACAGUAAUUUAGACAGCACAUCACAACCAGACAGCAAACCAGUCAGCAUGUCACAACUAGUCAUUGAGCCAGUCAAGACGUCACAACCAGACCUUAAACCAGUAAGCAUAUCUCAACAAGACAGCGAACUAGUUAGUACAUCACAACCAGAAUACCAACUAUUCGACACAUCACAACUAGAAUGUGAACUAGUUAGCAUAUCUACACCAGAAAGCAAAACACUCAAAACAUCACAUCUAUAUGAAAUGCCACUAAGUACAUCACAACCAGACAGCAAAACAGCCGACAUGGAGCAACCAGACAGCGAAGUAACUAGUACAUCACAACCAGAGAAUAAAAUGUUAUCUGGUAAUUUAGAGAGUGAAAACUCAGAAGUUUCUCUGGAUAAUAUUGAACUCCUUGAGUCCGAUCCUACUGCAGAAGCAGAAGUCAGAUCUGAAUCUGAGCAGGUGAGAGGUGAUUGUGGCAUGGAAGGCAGUUGUGAUCUGCAGAACAGUGGAGUGUCGGUCUCUGAGCCUCUAGCUGUCAAUGUGUCUUUACAGAAACAGACUGAGCAAACAGAUCACAGCCCAUGUCAGAUAUACACACACAUCCAUACACCACCUGAGAAAGUGCAUGAUCUUAUUGCCAUAAAAGAGGACCAUAAGACAUUUAGUAACAGUAGCCAUGACACAAAUGAAUCUGAUGGUGAUUAUAGUCCCAGUGCAGAGGAAGAAGUUGGGCCCAUUUCGGCUGCUCCGCCAAGCGAACUGGUAGCUUUGGCCUCUGUCACCACGGUGCCUGGGGAGGAUCUGGUUACGCUCAUUUCACAGGGUCAGGUGAGGACAGAAUCCUGUGAGGAUAGAAACAACGAGACAGAGGUGGAACUCCAGACAAAGGAAGAACGUGCAGAAAGAGAAGUAGCGGGAAAGCCGCCUUGUGAGGAGGCAAAAGUGGUAGAAAAGAAAAGCAAUAGAUUGUUGGAAAGCAAGACUGAGAAUGAAUUAGAAGUUUGUAUGGAAAAGGAAGUUGAGACUGCUCAAACAGGUCUGGUAGAUACCACGCCUAAGACUGUCUCUGACGUUCGAGUUCAGGAGGAGGGCAGCUUCUCUAAAGGAACAGAUGAGAAGAAACAAAACAAUGUUAAAGAACAAGGGGUGGAGAAAGAGGAGACCAAGGCCAAUACUUUGAGUGAGCAGGAGGCCAUAGUGACCAGCUAUUCUGAAAAUAGAGUCCAUUCAGCAUGCACUCAAGUCCUUGAUCUAGCCUCAGAUGUACCAAGCACAAAUGGACAUAUGCACACUCAGGACACACCUACCACCGAACGAGAAGGGCAAAAAACAAUGGAGGAGGAGAGAAAGGGGGAAAAUGAGGAGAGACAAGAGGAUGAGGUUACUUCUUCUGUGAAUGGCUCUCCAGCAGAGCAUCAGCAACAAGCAGACAUGGAGUCCCAUUAUCAUCAGCAGGAAGAGCAAGCAUCCAGUCAGGAAGUAGACAGCAGUGUUUGCCACCUGUCUGCUAAAACCCAGAAUGAAGACCCCUCAGCAGUUCCUCCACCACUGCCGCCCAUCUCCCAGAGGACCCAGCCUGUCCAGAGUGAGGCCCAUGACAUCAAUCCUGAUGUCCUGAGCUCAGGAGUGCUCUGCCUGCCUGGAACAAGAGAUAAAUCAGGCCAUGCCCUUGUGACUGUGACAAUGAGAAACACUAUCUGGUUGAAUCCAAACUGCAACAGUGGAGAGCUGGUGCGGAUCAUGGUCUACUUCUUCAGUACACUCAGGAAGGAAGUUAGUGCUUUGGGACUGACUGUCCUGGUGGAUGCCCGCAGGUGUUCUCCUGUCCCCGCCCUCUUUAAAGCUUUCAACAUCCUCCAGGAAGCCAUGCCGGGAUGCAUCCAUACAGUACUGCUGCUGGCCGACAGAGAUUUGGCUCUACGCAUGGAGAAAACCUCUUCUAUACAGGUGGAGUUGCUGACAUCUUUGAAGUCUCUCUACAAGCAUGUGGACAUCGCUCAACUCCCCACUGAGUUUGAAGGCACUUUCCCUUAUUCCCACAGUAGCUGGGUCUGUUUCAGAAUGAGGUUGGAGCAGCUCACCAGCCAUUGUGAGGAUGCUGUGAACCUGCUUCAGAACUCCAUCAGCAAACUGGAGUCCACAGUGCUGCCACCUACAGCAGAGGAGGCACAGAUCUUAUUGUGCAAGUACAGAGAGCUGAUGAGGACUGUUCUGGAGGACAGCAGACUGGUGCGGCUACAGUUGGAGGGAGGAGCCGCUCUGUCCCGUUUACGAAAAGAAGAGACCAGCGUCAGUCUGACAGAGGACUACAGAGAUGCCAUUGAGAAUGCAGGACAUCUGUAUAACCAAGUGGAUGAGCUGGUUCACAGGCUGGUGAUGCUGUCCAACAAAUGCACACAGGAACUGGAAUUCAUUAUGGAAUUUAAGACCCUGGAGGAGGGAUUCAGAGAGGUGAGUCAGUGGAUAGAGGAGGUGGGAGAAUCACGUCUGCAGACGCUGAGUGAGCUGGAAGAUUCCUUGGAGCAGUUACAUCAUAAACAGACUGUCUUCAGAGAAUUUUACAUAGCUGCAUAUGAGCACUGUAAGAGCGGUGAAGCUCUCCUCAAGCGCUUAGAGAAGUGGGAAGACAUCUCCACUGCAGAGCUGCAGGUGUAUGAGGUGAAAGUACGCUCAUUCUGGGUCCAUCUACAUGAUUUCUCCCAGCGAGUGGAGGACACCAAGGAUAAAAUUGACAAGACUGUCCGACUCUAUGAGUUCUUUGACAAGGCGUAUGAAUGGGCGCUAGAGGGCAUGCGUCAUUUGGCAUGUGUUAGCAUGGAGGAGUGUGGCAUGUCUGAGAAGUGUCAGAGUGUGAUCACAUGUUUGGAGACCUAUCGCAGUCAGCACCCACCGAUCCCAGACGCACACUUCCAGGAGAUGAAGGACCUCGCUGGGGAGCUGAAGAGUGAGCAGGGACUCAAGCAGUGGAAGUUCGCCUGGUCCAAGUGUCAGGAGACAAAGCAGAUGUUUGAGAAGAAGCUAGAGAUGGCCCUGCGCACCCGCCGCGAGAGCGACUCCAAAUCAGCAAGGGGUGACUCUUCUCGGCGGAACUCGAACAGUAGCGCUAAACCUCAGGAGCGUAGCAGUAGCAUCUCCUUCUCAUGUCGGAAAGCGUUUGGCAGUGGCUGGGGCCGGGAUAGACUUUCCUCACAGUCCAGCACGUCUUCAACUCCCAGCAGCCCUUCAGGUAUUCGCCUGGACACUCGUGACUCUGUCCAAACCCCGACAGGAAGUCCAUAUAGUAUUGAGCACAGAAUCCCUCAUAACACCCCUGUCAGAUCCCACAGGCUAACGCGUAGCAUUUCCACAGACGAGUCUCCUCAGCAGCCGCAUCUGGAGGGGCGAGCGUGUUCUACGAGCCCAAGCCUCAACUCUAUUGAACCAAACCGCAGGGUUUUGCGGAAGACCCAGAGCUUCGAUACUGCCGGUAGUGAGUCUGUGUCACGGUAUGGGACCUGCCAGAGAACUUUGAGUGAGCCUGCACGGAGAGGAAACACAGGGGUGUUUAUUAAAGGUCUGGAGGUGAGCAGCACUGAGGUGAUAGAUCGGCCGUACAGCCCGCGACUGCCACCCAUUCACGGAUGGUCUUCUCUAGAUACACACCGCAGUGGGAGUCCUGCUCCGGAAACACGCAGCAAGGGCAGUAAACUACGCCACAUCGUAGAUGAGAUGGUCACAACCGAGCGGGAAUAUGUACGCUCUCUGCGGUACAUCAUUGACAACUAUUUCCCUGAGAUGGAGCGUGCUGACCUGCCACAGGACCUGCGGGGAAAACGCAGCGUCAUCUUCGGCAACCUGGAGAAACUAGUGGACUUCCACAGCCAGUAUUUUCUCAAAGAGCUGGAAAGCUGCUGCAACCAUCCAUUACGUGUCAGUCACUGCUUCCUACGACAUCAAGACCAGUUUAGCCUGUAUGCUUUAUACAGCAAGAACAAGCCAAAGUCAGACACACUCCUGGCCAGCCAUGGAAACAGCUUCUUCAGGCAUAAGCAGCUGGAGUUGGGGGAUAAGAUGGACUUGGCGUCGUACCUGCUGAAGCCAAUACAGCGCAUGAGUAAGUACGCCCUGCUGCUGAAAGACCUGAUCAAAGAAGUGAGCGAGGUCCAGGAGCAGGAGCUAACGUACCUACGUGCCGCCACUGAGAUGGUCAAAUUUCAGCUUCGCCAUGGCAAUGAUCUGCUCGCCAUGGAUGCCAUCAGAGACUGUGAUGUGAAUCUAAAGGAACAGGGACAAUUGGUUCGCCAAGAUGAGUUCACGAUUUUGUAUGGCAGGAAGAAGUGCCAAAGACAUGUGUUCCUGUUUGAGGAUCUGGUGCUGUUCAGCAAACCCAAACGGAUUGAGGGUGGCCUAGAUGUUUAUAUAUACAAGCAUUCUUUUAAGACGGCUGAUGUGGGUAUGACAGAGACAUCAGGUGAGAACAGUCUGAGGUUUGAGAUCUGGUUCCGAAGAAGAACUUCAAAGAACCAAACCUACAUUCUUCAGGCCAGCACUGCAGACAUCAAACACGCCUGGACCUGCGACAUCGCACGGAUACUAUGGCAGCAGGCCACACGGAAUAAAGAAAUUCGAAUGCAGGAGAUGGUAUCUAUGGGGGUGGGUAAUAAACCCUUUCUGGACAUUAAACCCAGUGAUGCUGCUAUCAACGACAGAGCCAUUGACUACAUUAUGAAAGGCAGAGGGGCCAGGACGAGAGCAUCCAUUGCUGUCUCACUGUUUGACCACUCAAACCCGUUCAAACGAGCUGCAGUUAACACCCCCGUUAGCGGCCCCCCUGUGGCUGGUGGCCCCUCCUCUUCCACGCUGUUGGGGCCCUUAAAUCUGCAUAUGUAUAGCAGCCAAAGCCUGUUAACAGGGGAGAGACCUCUCAUCAGCCCCUGCAUAGAGGAAGACGAGCUGGAACAUGAAACCAGCAGUCAGCCAUCUAUGACUACAGAGAGUUCGGGUUCGUCGUCUCACUGUCUGUCUGGUAGUGGCUCGAGCGGGUCAGACAGCGGAUGUGUGUCCAGUCACCUUCCCGAGGCUUUGUCCGAGGAGCCCAGCUCACCAUGUGACUCCUCCUGUUACUCCUCCAUCACCUCUCCCACCCAAGAGAAAGCCUGCUUUAACAGCCAGUACAUCUCAGCGGGGGAAGCUCAGGUGAUUGGUCCCUCUACUAUAGUGUGAGCUCAGUAACCACUGCUGCAGUUUAAGACCUGCCUGCUUCAGAUUGAGAAGACAACGUUGCCACACGGAAGAGGAGUACAGAGCUAGUAUUUAUUGUUCCUACUGAGUGCAAGCAAAUCUCUUACAGAGUUUAAAAAGCACUCGAAAUAGCACUGUUUCCCUUUUUCUUUUUUUAAGCCACUUUUAGCUUCAAUAGCUUUUAUAUAAAUUUAAAAAUGAUCUAUAAAAGUGAAUAAAUAUUCUUGUAUUUAUCUUCUUUUCAAAUGUUAAGAUACAGUAGUGUUCUCAGCUGUAUUAUUAACUGUAAAUACUGUAGUAGUGUACAAAACACUUCUGAACUCUUGCGGUUAUUCAGUUCCCACUCUUUUUCAUUGUUGUUGUUGCCCACUUUGCUGCAGACUUCAGCUGGUUUGAUUUAGAAAAAUGCCGAAUGUUAAAAGGCAUGUCUAGAUUUCUAAGCUUCAGUUACACUAAAGGUGUUGAACAAUGUUUAAAGCAUUUGUUGUAAAGUUUCUGUUCUUUCUAGUGUUUCUAUAGUCUGUGGACCUGUGGUCAGUCGCUGUGGUCAGUGUGCUGUGUUAACAGUUUUUGAUAGCUGGCUUGAUCCAGAAUAAGAGAGAAUUAAUUCAGAUCGUACGACUGACCUCAGGUCAGCUCUGCCCAGCGCUGCUGCUACUGGGAGCUGGGUAUUGCUGCUGCCGGUUUGGAAAUGGGAGAGUUUUCAUUUCAGUUCUCUUAUUUACAUUAACAAGUAUAACAAAAAAGAACAUGUAAAUUGUAAAUAGUUGCACCAGUGGUGCUUUGAAAACAUAGCAUUUAGGAAGUAAUCUUUAUACAUGUAUUAACAAGUCAACAUGGGAAUCACUUAAGUGCCAUUCUUUGUUGCCAACCCAAAUUGGAAGUGUACAAACAAAAGAUAAUUGGGGAAAAAAAGCAUUGCAAGUUACACUUCUAGCUGGAGCAUGAGUAUGUACUCAAGUGUUUAAUUUUUCAAUCUUAACAAGUUCACACAGAAGUAAUAAAGACAGAUUGCUUUGUAAUGAUAA